UUGUGUUGCCAUAAAAGCUCUCUGCUACCCUUACACUAAAUUUUCACGUCGUCUGCAUUUAAAUACAUGUUUUGAUAAAGCAAAGCGCCAUAAAGGAUUUUCUUAGAAUGAACCAAGAAGAACAUUACUCAAAAACUUGAGUCAGAAACAGUAAAGUAAUUUUGUUCUUUAUUACAAAACCAUUAAAAUGUUUUAUCUUAUUUGCGAAGUCAAAAGGAAGAUAAGAACGCUUUUACUAUGUGGGCGAUUGCUCUGCUAGGCGUCUGGCACUUUAGUACAGCCCGUUCAGCCGGUUCGCGUGGGCUUUGUCAAUGUAUAAUCAGUUGAUUUUCAUUUGUUAUUCAAAUAUACUCGGCAAAGUUUCUGCGCUCUUAAAAACGCGCAAUAAUAAAUAUUAUCUUUAGGUUAUGCGGGAGGCUAAUAUCAAUUUACUGUCGGCUUUGAAAUUAUGCAUUUGGUGACUAUAGUGACGCGAUUCAGUGCUGUUAAUACUAUGUUGUCAAUAUAAGCCAUGAAGAUUAUUUUCAAUGAAUUUUAUAGAUAAUAAUCUUAGACAAUUUAAAUGGAUUCCAAACUGACAAAUAAUUUUUUUAAAAAUGACGGAUGUAGGGGUAAGUUUGAUGAAUUUAACGGAAUUUUAAAAGUAUUGAUUUCUCGCGCUUUAAUAACGCUUCUCUUCACAGAUGGAAGUAUUUUUCGUAAUGAACAAGAUGUCAUAGUUAAAGAAGAAAUUGACAUUUCUGACGAUGAAUACGAUAAAACUAGUGAAGCAGAUGUAUACAUUCAAGAUGGAUUUGAAUUAUUAGAAAAAUUAAAUAAUGGACAGCUAAGGGUUGUUGAUGAUGAAUUUCAAUUUGAAGAAUAUAAUUCAAAAGAAGAUACUUUAGAUCUAAUGAAUCAGUUGGAACUUGAAUUGGAACCUGGGGAAAUUUAUGAGUUUUAUGAUAUUACAGAUUUCACUGGUAAUUUAAACAUUAUUUAAAUUUUAUUAAAUGUUGGACAAUUAAAUUAAUUUUGCACAUUUUUUAAUUUAAUCAUAGUUGAUGAUUUACUACAAGCAAUUGCA